GAAAUAAACUGAUGAUUUCACCUGCAGGGGGCGCCCUGAGCCCGUGUUGACAUGGGCGUUGAGGCUCCUCUCCUCCCUGUUUUCCAGCGAUGCUGCAGAGACUCUCCUCUUCAUCACGGCUCGGGCUGGAUGUGUCCCUCGUGUUUCUCUUCGCUGUCGAGCUCUUCUCCUGCGGAUUACCUGACUGAACGGAUAAUGACCCUAGAUGUCAUGAAGAUCCAUCUUCCAAAUUAGACGUGAUAUUCAACAUUCUGAUUACUGGCAUACUGGAACGAAAUGUGAAAAUCAAUUCCAGGCUCCUGUUGUGCCACUAAGACUCUUUGUUGGGUAGACAGGAUGAUUGAUUUUUAAAGUGCUUUUGAGGGCGCUGUAAACUCAGACUCUUUCCAAAAUGUGUGAGCGAGGAGAGCACUUCGGUGAGGGGGAGCUAAGGAAUAACAACCAGCAGGGUGGCAUGCUGGCUGAUGGUGAUGCCAACGCCAAUGAAAUCCAGACAGAGGAUGGUGGGAGGACAGGUGAUACCGGCACUCUGUCGGGGCUGAUGACUGAAACAGCAGAGCAGGACAAAGUCAUCAUCUGGGGUACGGACUCCCAGUGUGACGACCCUGAGCUGGCUGAGUUCGAGAUGCUGGAGUGCCAGGAGCUGGAGGCCUACCUGGUUGGGGAGGGAGAGGACUUUGUUGGGCUUGCAGACCGGAAGGAGCUUCAAAAACGGCCUUCAUCAUGCAGCAAAGCCUCAGUAGAACAGGCAACAGAUAAUAAAAGCAGGGAAGAGAGAAAGUCUAUUCUUCAUGGUGCCAUUGAGCAGGAAUCCAGUGCCUCUCAUGUUUCGGAGAGCAGAGAGGCGUCCAGGACUGAGUUAAGCUCAGAAACUGAUGUCUUUGUGUCCUGUCUGUCCACCAUUUCAAGCAUGGACACUGCUAUGGGCACUGCUGGCAGGACCCAGACGACAGACUCUUGGCACAUUGCCUCUGGUCCUUACUCAACCAUCUCAGAAGACCUGACUCUGGUUUCCCAGACUUGCAACACCAUCACUGAGAGAGGCAAGGCCUCUCAAAGAGCUGAUCGUCCCUCCCUCUCCUCUGGAAAAAGCACAAUACACCGGAAAGAUGUGGACAUGAAUUUGAAUUCAACAGUUCACUUAGAGGAUGUGGUAUCACAGGCACAAGUAAGCAAUGGAGUUGUUCCAUGUAAGGAUGUCAUUGAUGAGCACAGGAAGAACGAUAACCUGAGACAUAAAGCAGGGAAUACCAUUUCAGAGCGAGAUUGUGAUCAAGGGAGAAAUACUGAGCACAAGGGAGUACCCACUGCAAAAAAAUCACAUGAAGAAAGCAACACUAAAAUGGAUAAAAGCACACAAGCUGAUGAGGCCCCUGAUGUGAACUACAGCUCACACAAAACAGGUACAAAGGGGACUCAGUCAUCAAUUGAAUCCAAAGCCAUAAAGAAACAAGGAUCAUGUGAUAGCACAUUGAAAAAACAAAACUCUUUUGACAAGAGUUUUAAAAAGCAGCCAUCGUUUGAGAAUACUUUAAAGAAGCAGCUCUCUUUUGAUAACAGCUUAAAAAAGCAGGGCUCUUUCGAGAACCCGGUCACCUCCAGUUCUCUAAGUCUGGAGAGGAGGAAACCGUGGGGAAGCCCUAGUCGACCAGCAACUCCUACUUCCCCUAAAACAACUUCCUGUUCCCCCAAGAGACGACCGCCUGGUUCGCCAGCCAAGGUCCAGGGCAUCAGGGCACUGAGCUUGGAGCGCAGCAACUCCCCUCAGAGAGGUCUAAGUCAAACAGUCAAACCACCAGGUAAGACUAGUUUGAGCAGUGGCAUCCCCAAACCACUCAUGCCUCAGCAGAAAGAGCCUGAACCCAGGAGGUCUUCUCCUCCCCAGAAGCCUAAAAAUGUCAGACCAAAAAUCAUCACCUAUGUUCGAAAGAAUCCUCAAGCAAAACCACAAGUGGCCGAUGCUCCACUCGAAGCCUCCGCACUCCAACUAAGACUAUCUUCUUACUCCAGCCCGCCAGCUCAUAAAGAUCCAAAGGUUGGUCCUCAACCUAAAUCCACACCGGUGCUAUGUUCCUCCAACCUGCUGUUUGACAAAUAUCGACAGGAGAUGCAGAAGGUGGGGUACUAUCCUCCAGGAAUGGCUGUGACUGGGGUGAAACCUCCAAGCACCACCAUCCCUCAAAGACUGAGUGGGAAGUCGGACAGUUUUCAUGAGGAUAUACCUGAGAAAUAUCUCCAAGAGCAUGUUUCCCAAGAAGGAGGCAGUGUCUACCGCUCACCCAGAGCUCUGAGGCCUCAGCUGGGGUUAGGGGCGGUCACCAGGCAGCCUGCAGCCAAGACAAGAGUUCAGCAGCCAGGUCAUAGGUCAGCCCCGGCCCCAAGCCAUGCUGCUCAGUCAGCCGGAGUGUCCACCCAAGGCUACCAGGACCCUGCAGGUCUUGGAGAGCAAAAGAGAUCAGGAGAAAGAGUUCCAGAAACCACCCCCAAGCUCAAACCAGGCCAGUCUGGUCUCCGUCCUCCGGGCUUCUCUGCCCUGCCAGCUGCCCGUCUGGCCUCCUUCGGCUUCGUCCGGAGCUCCAGUGUCUCAUCUGUGUCCAGCAACCAGUCUAACGACAGCAGUCACAGUGAUCCCUGCCGACCUUAUCAGCAUCCCGGCAGUGGCAGCGAUGACACACUUCUCCACAAAGCCACAGCGCCCCCCAGUGAAGCCUCCCAUGCUCAGAGCUGGACUCAGCCUCCCAACGCCCCCAGCCUCCAGCGCCGCAGUCUGCCACCACAGCGCUCCUCCCCGCUUGCCUCUAGGAGAGAGAUGCAGAAGGACAUAGAGGCUGCAAUGCCACCAAAGUCCUCUCCUAAAAGAUUUGCAGUGGUUUCACCAAAGCCACAGUCCCCUGUUCGUGGGCGGACAACAGCAGUUCAUGGUGCUGUUCGGACUGAAAGGGCUCAGGAGUUGGACCGGGCACUGAUCCAGCAGCUGCGGGAACGCUGUGAGCAGCAGGCCCUGCAGCUGCAGAGCCUUCAGGCACAGUUAAAGAAGGCCUCCCUGUGCCUGGACGUUUUCAGCAUCACUACCCAGCACUUCUGUCACAAGACUGAGAGUGCCAUUGUGAAGGAGAGGGAACUGUCCCUGGAGCUCGCCAGAAUCAGGGAUGAAGUGGCUUUCAGUGUUGCACACUGGGAGCAACUGCAGCAGGAGAAGGAGGAACUGGAGCGUCGUUUUGAGGCUGAGCUGCAGGGAUUGCGGGCUCAGCAGCAGAGGGAGCUGGGAGUGCUGGAGGAGCGGUUGAAGGUUCAGCACAUAGCCGAGGCCGAGAGCCUGCAGGCCCAACAACGAGCUGAGCUGGAGGAGCUACGGGUCAAACAGCAAGAGCAGAUUGAGGAGAUGAGUGAGAACCAGGAGGCUUCAUUGAUGGAGAUGGAGACGGCUCACAAUGACACGCUGGCCACUCUGCAGGAGGAGCAUGCCAGGACUGUGAAGAAUCUGAAGAUGGCCCAUGAACAGCAGACAAAGUCUCUGGAAGAAGAGUUUGAAAAGAUCAGAUUGUCACUGCAGGAUCAGGUGGACACGCUGACGUUUCAGAAUCGUAGCCUCAGAGACCGAGCCAAGCGCUUUGAAGAAGCUCUGCGCAGGAGCACAGAUGAGCAGAUAGUGGAUGCUUUGGCACCAUAUAAACAUAUUGAUGAGGACCUGAAGAGUCUGAAAGAAGUUCUUGAGAUGAAGAAUCAACAAAUUCAUCAACAGGAACAGAAGAUCUCAGAACUGGAGAAAAUACAGGCUGAAAAGAAUGUGUACCUGGAGGAGAGACUGCAAGUGUUACAGCAGCAGAACGAGGACCUGAAGGAAAGAAUAGACAAAAACCUUGCUGUGUCCAGGCAACUCUCUGAGGAGAAUGCCAACCUGCAAGUGAACGUGGAGAAGGAAAGCAACGAGAAGAAGCGGCUGAGUCGCACUAACGAGGAACUGCUGUGGCGUCUUCAGACAGGCGAGCUGAGCCCUCGCAUGUCCCCAAGCUCCUCCCCCAUCCAUAGACCCUUGUCUGGACCAGGCUCCCCUGCCCGCCCACACUCCUACCAUCAAUGACGCUCUCAAUGGAAGCUCUCAAUGGAAGCUCUCAAUGGAAGCCCCAAGCUCCUCCCCCAUCCAUAGACCCUUGUCUGGACCAGGCUCCCCUACCCGCCCACACUCCUACCAUCAAUGACGCUCUCAAUGGAAGCUCUUAUAUCAAACACUUUCUUUUAUCUGGCAUCGGAAGCCCUAAUUUUUUAAAACUCUUUGUUGAAUGUUCCUCAAUUAUAAAGGUAGGAUUUUACACUAUGUAGAUGGAGAGACACAGAUACAACUGUUUCUUGGGAAAUGCUGCUCACCCAUGUGAUGCAUUUCCAAAGUCCAACCCCAGGAAUUUUAAUCUCUGACCUAAAGAAUUGUAUUAAUGAUCACGCCUCUUAUCAUUCAGAAGGGAAUUCUCUGCCCUUUUUUUCUAUUUCACCUCAGCGCUCCACAAAACAGAUGUGCUGUGAUACUGCAGCAGAUGAAAGACUUGGUCAUUGUAGACUUCAGAGAGCAGGAUCAGUCACAGUGCCUCAUUUCCAUGUUUUCGCCUCCAUCUACAUCACCACCUUCUCAUCCAGCGCUCAGGAUGAUGGAUGUACAUGAGACAUAGCAAACAUCAAAAGUGCAACAACGAACACAAGAAGCGCCUUUGCCGUCAUUCUCUCCUACCAGCAACGUCUAUCAAGGCACAGGCAAUACUUUGAGUAAAAUCACAAACCUACUUACGGUAAGUUACCCUCAAAGUGUGGAUUCUUCUCUGGGGCAUGCUAACCUUUUCAUGCGGAAAUAUUUCAUAUAUCAGGAGUGUACGAAUGACUACGUAGCCAUCUGACCUCAACAUCCAUCCUAUUUUCUCCUUAAACAACUAGAUAUCAGCGUUGACCUGAAAUGUAUGAUUACAACAACAAAACAAUUCAUAAAUCCACUGAACUGCCAACACAAUGUAACUAUAUUAUUGAUUAUAAUUUGUAACAACUGUACAUGUAUUGCUCUCUUUAAAGCAUGUUCUGUCUUCCAGUUAUAAUGGAUUUUAUUUUAGGAUUAUCUACAGUGUGACAAUAUGGAGCAGAAGGAUGAAGGGGCAACACAAGGUACCUCUUAUUUCUAAUAAAACAGAGCAGGAUUUAUUCAAAUGAAACCAAGAAAUAAAUCAUUGUAUUACACAUUUCAGAAUAAUCUCACAUUUCUUAUGUGAGAUGGUGCCCCUCACCUUCAGUCAGGUUAAGAAAAUCUAAGAAUUUCCUACAAAACAAAAGUGCAGGAUCACCAAAGAGGAAAUCAUGAAUAACAGCAGUUCAUCUUGUACUGUAGCUGUCAUGUCUGGAGUUAGGUGCUGCAGAAUCAGACAGAAACGGUGCAGACAUUGCAGUUCUUGUCAAAAUGUAUUGACCUGAACACGUAAUUCCAACAUCUGUUCAUUAUGUUGCAUUCGUACAGUUUAACUUACAUUAUCUUUCUCUUUCUUUAAGUUUACCUUAUCAUCGCUCUUGCAGCUGCUGCUGUUUUCUCCAUUGCUGAUUGUUUUCUGUGUGAUUUGAAAUUCACCACAAGAAACCUCAUGAGCAAAUGUGAUGGGAAAAAACUAUUAUGGCUUCCAGACAUUCAUUCUAUCCAUUUGUACCUCCUGUUGAGUCUUGGGAAAAUUUCUGUCCAAAAUUUGUUUAAGAAUCCAAAUUUAUCAAAAUAUGUAAGAAAAUCCUAAAAAUCUGCAAGCUGUUACCUCAUUUCUCAUUGUAGAGAAUAAUCUCAGGUCUUGGGGAGAAUUAUGAGUCAUCAAAGGGAAGCAACUGCCAUAACUUUUUUGUAUUGUCCUUUUUUUAUACUUUUGCUCAUGUUUACAUAGCCACUCAGCUGUUUUGCAAGAUAUCCUUUGUAUACAAUUAUUUGGAUGUAUAGAAUAUGUUUUACUAUAUUUAAGAGCAUAGUGCAGUCAGCAAAUAUAUAUAAAUAGAUUGAAAAAAUAUUGCUUUAUUAUGAUAAUAUGAUAUAAUAAUCAGCUCCCCCAGACACAUACAAUGUGAUAAUCUGCUCAAACAGGGAUUUGGUUGUAGGUGAGUUGCAUUUACUGCUAGGACAACAAGUUCUGAAAGGAAGUGGAAAUGAUAUUUCUCUCCAUCAGGUACUCUGAUUGCACUGAUUGCCUCUGUGUCCUGUGGACAUGACCUUGUACUCAUUUACUGAGUGUUUGUUCAACACCAGAAUAAGUGGUUUUGUUUACAGUUUACAUCCAAUGUCAGAGAAGGUUGGUGUAUCACGUGGAUGUCGGUACUUCUGUUGAUUGUUUACAGGACUUCUGUUGUAAAGAUCGUUUUCAGUAUUUCAGAAAUUCAUGUUCUGGAUAAGUUUAUAUGAAAGCAUGUUUUUAUAAGGUUGUUGUGUGCAUUAUUUUUAUUUUACAUUUAUUGUGCAUUUCAUUUAUUUAUUUAUUUGUCCUCCUCCAGAACUGCAACUGUAGCUUAGCUGGUUAAAAUAUUGUGGUCAGUGAUGAGACACUAAUGUCUAUUCUGUAAAUGUUGCACUUUGUAUUUAAGUAUUAAAUCACAAUAAGAAAAUAAGUGUACAAAAGUGA